AUGAAUCGGUUCAAGUUUGGUGACCCCGAUGACUCGGGUUCGGACUUCGAUGCGGAUUCAACUGACCUUCCCUUCCCCGAACCAUUAUCUCGACUGUCAUUCCUCGCCCCUGACUUCGAUCCGGCUACCUUCCUUUCAUCCUUGACAAACCGUCAUCAGAGGCUUGAAGAUCUAAGACAAGAACUGCGAUCAUUAGAGCAGCUACUCAACAAAGAGCUGUUAGAUCUAGUCAAUGAAAACUACCAAGACUUUCUUUCUUUGGGGACUGUACUGCGCGGCGGCGAGGAGAAGGUCGAAGGUGUAAAAGUGGGCUUAUUAUCUUUCCGACGAGAUGUACAAUCGAUUCGUGACAAAGUUGAAGAACGGCGCAGGGAGGUCGAGGGGUUAUUAAACGAGAAACGACAACUUCGGUCCAAUGCGGAUAUUGGCAAGAACCUAUUGGAUUAUGCGGACCGAGUCGAAGAGUUAGAACACCGUUUGAUGAUUGAAGACAAGUCAGGCUCCGAUAAGCAUGCUGAUGACGAAUCAGACGCCGAGUCUGAUUUAUAUGGGAAUGGCAGCGACGAGAGCGACGAUGAAGAGCUGGAAGAUGGAACAGCACCCGUGUCACUAAAGCGACUGGAGCGACAUGUACAGAAAUAUGUGUUCUUAAACUCGAUCGCUCCGACAGUGGGCAAGGAACAUCCAUUCUUACUUGCUCAACAGCCACGUGUGUCAAAAAUCAAGUCAAUUGUACUUCUAGAUUUGAGGACAGCGCUUGAGCAGGCCAAGCAUGUUGGUAAAAAGCGGGAUGCAAGAACUAUGGCUGUGUUGCGCCUCUACGACCUAAUGGGUGAGGAUGCCAGCCCAGUGGCCGCGUUGAAGAAUCUCAAAAUAUAG